AUGACUUCAUUGUUUAUUUCACCAAUUCAAUUACCUCAAGUUGGAACAAUUCAAUUUAGAGCAUUACAAAAAGAAGAUUAUGAUAAAGGGGUAUGUUCAGUUCUUGAACAAUUAACUUCUUGUUCAACAGAUAAAAACAAAUUUAACGAUGUAUUUGAUUUAAUGAAGAAAGAAAAUAAUUAUUACAUUGUUGUUGGUGAAGAUCUUUCCACCUCCCAAAUUAUCCUUACUGGUACAUUAUUUAUAGAAUCAAAAAUCAUUCAUAAUGGCUCUUCUGUUGGUCAUAUAGAAGAUAUUGCCGUAAGUAAUUCGUAUAGAAAAAUGAAUUUAGGUAGGAUACUGAUCGAUACUUUAGUGAAACUAGGACAGGUUAACUCUUGUUACAAAAUCAUUCUUGACUGCUCUUCUUCGGUUUUACCAUUUUAUGAGAAGUGUGGACUAUCUAAAAAGGGACAUUUUAUGGCAAUUUAUUUUUAA